AGUCAGUUCAUUGGCACUUGAGUCGGCAAAGAAAUCAAGAUGGCCAAAGUCCCUGAUCUGUUUGAAGACCUAAAGAACUGUUUCAGUGAAAAUGAGGAAUACAGCUCUGCCAUUGACCAUCUUUCUCUGAAUCAGAAAUCCUUCUAUGAUGCAAGCUAUGAACCACUUCAUGAAGACUGCAUGAAUAAAGUUGUGUCUCUGAGUACCUCUGAAACCUCUGUGUCACCCAACCUCACCUUCCAGGAGAAUGUGGUGGCAGUAACAGCCAGUGGGAAGAUUCUGAAGAAAAGACGCUUGAGUUUAAACCAGCCCAUCACUGAUGUUGACCUGGAGACCAAUGUCAGUGAUCCAGAAGAAGGAAUCAUCAAGCCCAGAUCAGUUCCUUACACCUUCCAGAGAAAUAUGAGAUACAAAUACUUGAGAAUCAUCAAACAAGAGUUUACCCUGAAUGAUGCUCUCAAUCAAAGCCUAGUUCGUGACACCUCAGAUCAGUACCUCAGGGCAGCUCCACUACAAAAUCUGGGCGAUGCAGUGAAAUUUGACAUGGGGGUCUACAUGACAUCAGAGGAUUCUAUACUUCCUGUAACUUUAAGAAUCUCACAAACUCCACUGUUUGUGAGUGCCCAGAAUGAAGAUGAACCUGUGCUGCUAAAGGAAAUGCCUGAGACACCCAGGAUCAUCACAGACAGCGAGAGUGACAUCCUCUUCUUCUGGGAAACUCAAGGCAAUAAGAACUACUUCAAGUCAGCAGCCAACCCACAGCUGUUUAUUGCCACAAAGCCAGAACAUCUGGUGCACAUGGCAAGGGGGUUACCUUCGAUGACUGAUUUUCAGAUCUCAUAAAACCAGCCUUAGCUCUGGAAGUCCACUCACUAGUGAAGUGUUGACCAUCUGUAUGUACCGUGUACAUGAAGAAGCCAGUCUUCACUCUUAGUCAUUGGCUGAGCAUGUGCUGAGCCUGCAUAAUUCUACAUGAAUGUUUCCCCUCUUUGUAAGAGAGAAGCCAAGUCUAAUGGGACCAACACUAACAUAUAAUGUUGUUUGUUGUUGAAAGAUCACCCUAUACUUUGCACAGUACCAAUCAUUUUAAUUAUUGUUCCUGAUAACAACCUUAAGAGGACCAGGGCUACUGACUAUGGCUACCAAAAAGAUUCUACCCAUAUUACAGAUGGGUUAGCUAAGGCAUAAUAAAACUAACAGAUACACAUAAUGAUAGAAUGAGAAGCUACACAGAAUAUCAUUUCGACUAUUUGCCUUCCGCUGUUAAGACUGUUAGAUCCUUAAUCAAAUAGCAUAAGUUCCUGGAACCUCAGUUUUAUUGUUUUCAAGAUGGAAGAAAUAAAACCUACAUUGUUCCUGCCUUAAUGGUUCUUUGUGUCAAUUAGUGAGGUCAUUUUGUUAAGAUACUGCUUGAAGCUGAGCUUCAAGGAAAAAAAUGUAAUCGUAUUUUUAAAUUAUUUAUAUGUAUGUAUUUAUAAAUGUAUUUAAGAUAAUAAUUAUUAUUAUAUUUAUAGCAGUUUCUUGAAUAGUCUGACUUUGACUAGGCAACCUCAACAAUAGUGUGCAGUGUUUUCUAGACAGAAUGAGUCUGUUUUGCUUACAUGAGGAUACUUUGAUCCAAGUUGUACUUUAUACAUAGCCAAGAAGCUCUCAAUUCUGGUACUGGAGACCCUGUACUUAUGAUAAUAAAUUAUUUGUAAUUUAUUUGAAUGUUUGAGCUGAUAACUGGGCCACUAUUUCACUCUUCUGCCCUUAACCUUAUCUUCGCAUUCUUCUGUCACUCAUUUUACCUAUAGUCAAAUCAUACUAGAUAAAAGGGGAUGAACUUAACUUUGGCAACCAUUGUAUUCAAAGUUUCAUUUCUGGGAUAUAAUUAGUGCUUCCAAUUUCUAAAAAUUGACAUCAAAACAUAGUGUUACCUUUUAUCUUCAAUAAUGAUUAAUUUGUUAUUAUCAACCAAAAUUGAAUAAACCUCAAAAAUGAC